AUGUCUUUUAAGACGGAAACCCCACUUGCCAAUGCUGUAUUUUGGGCUGCAAGGAAAGGGAACUUGGCCGUCCUGCAGCUGCUGUUAAACAGCGGCCGUGUGGAUGUAGACUGCAAAGACAGUCUUGCCACUACAGCUCUCAUGGUAGCGUCCUAUUGUGGCCAGUGUGAUUGUGUCCGAGAGCUGAUCAUGCAAGGGGCAGACAUCAACCUUCAGAGAGAGACAGGUACCACUGCUCUGUUUUUCGCUGCACAGCAAGGGAGCAAUGACAUUGUGAAGCUUCUUUUUGAGUUUGGAGCAUCAACAGAAUUCCAAACCAAAGAUGGGGGUACUGCUCUCUCAGCAGCCUGUCAGUAUGGACACUCGAAUGUGGUCGAAACCUUGCUGAAGAAUGGCGCUAAUGUUCACGACCAACUACAUGAUGGUGCAACUGCUCUAUUCCUUGCUGCGCAAGAAGGUCAUGUGACUGUAAUUCGUCAUCUUAUGUCAUCAGGUGCCAGGGUAAACCAACCAAGGGAGGAUGGGACUGCUCCAUUGUGGAUUGCUGCCCAGAUGGGACACAGUGAAGUUGUGAGGGUUCUGUUACUCCGUGGUGCUGACCGAGAUGCUAACAGAAAAGAUGGCUCCACACCUUUGUUUAAAGCUGCAUACAAAGGACACAAUGAUGUUAUAGAGGAGCUGCUCAAAUUCUCGCCAUCACUUAGCCUUCUAAAGAAUGGGUCCACAGUUCUCCAUGCUGCAGUUAUGGGAGGAAAUGUAAGAUCAGUGAUGCUGCUGCUGGGAGCUGGUGCUGACCCGACACUAAGAAAUAAGAAUAAUGAACUACCAGCAGAUCUUACAAAAAAUGAACAGAUUCUUAGAGUUUUAUGGACUAAAGCCACAAACAGAAACAGCUGAAGACCCCAAUGCAGUCUUCUUCGAUGGGCUCUGUAAUCUAUGGAAAGCACUGGCUGUCUUUUCGGAGGUCUCUGAGAAACCAAAAGACAACUUUUCCAAGCAGAAACAUCAAAAAAGAUUCUGGAGCUUGCUAUGAAUAAAAAUGAACUUUGUUUGCAAAACACUUAUAGCCAUAAGGAUAACAUCUGGAAAGCAAUAAACAUGCCAGGGUAUAUUCAGUUAUCUAAAGAGUGUCAGGUCUAAAUACCCUUCUAGAAGUUUCGCUGUUAUAGUUUGGUAUAGUUUGGUCUGUCGGAAAGUCCCUUUCUUUUAAUGAUUGAAACAAAGGCAAUAUUUAGAUUCCCCACCAUUUAUUUAGAUCAAUUAAAUAGACCUCACAUUGUAUGAAAGAAUAUCAGCUUUCCAAAAGUUAGGAAUCGUUUAUUCUCGUAACUAUGCUGCAAUAUUUUCUUUAACCUCCUUUUUCUUGGUGCUGUAAAUUUCUAAAUCUUUUGGAAAUUCUCACUGCUGCAUUUGUAUCUAACAUAUGUCUGUUUGCUAAGUAAAACACGUGCUGAAACUAGCCCAAGAUUUCUUAAAGGGCUGUGCUUGGAAAAGCAAAAAAUUAAGGACAACGACACCUCUGCUUGCUAUAUAAUAUUUUUUUUAUUAUGAUUCUAGCUCUAGCAUUUUAUUAAUAACACCUUUGUCUAAAAGUGUUGGUUUUUUUUAAUUAACUUUUUUUUUUUGUUAUGGAUAUGGCCAACAAUGUUGUUCAUUAUAUGUAUAUAUGGCUGACUCACAAAGAUGUUAAUUUUAGCUGAUAACUUGACUCACUAUGAUUCGUGCCUUCAGAUACAGUUUGUCACAUUUUCAUUGAGGACAGCUGUCCAUUAAGCUACAUUUAGCUAUCCAUACAACCACUUACACAAACACUAUUUCUUCAUAGCUUUGGAUAUAUUAAACACACCAUAAGGCAUCAUGCCAUAAAAGUCCAGUCAUCUUGCAGGUGUUUACUGUUCCUUAUAAUGUUAUACGCAAUACAAAAAUUGCAUUUGGAAAAUUUCUGUUUUGCUUGUAACAGUGCUAACUGUAUGUCACAGUUUGCUUCCUGAUAAAGGGCACAGAAGUCUAAACUGUACAGUUGUAUUCAGCAGUAUUUCAUAUUGUUACCACAUAAAUGAUUGCAAUGUACUGUAUUAAACUACUGUAACAUACAGUUUACUAC